AUGUCUAAAUGUCAGCAGUCUUCUGAAUCAACUAAAGAACCAACUGAAACACCGAUGACUGAUUCUACUACAACUGAGUCACCAUCAACUGAAGCAACACCAACCGAGUUGACUACAACUACGCCCAGUACAACUGAAUCAACUACAAAAGAGUCAACUACUACAGAGUCGACUACAACAACAACUACAACUGAGUCGACUACAACGCAGCCAACUACUAUAGAAUCAACUACAACCGAGCCAACGACAACUGAGUCAACCACAACUGAGUCAACCACUACAGAAUCAACUACAACCGAGUUAACGACAACUGAGUCAACGACAACUGAGUCAAGCACAACUGAGUCAACUACAACCAAGUCAACUACAACCCAGCCACCAACUACUACAACGAAAACUACUACUUCCACUACAGAACCUACUACUCCUACCACUACUACAGAACCUACAACUACUACUACAGAAAGUACCACUACAACAACAACAACAACUACUACUAGAGAAAGUCCAACUACUACUACUACUACAGAAAGUCCAACUACUACUGAUACUACGGUAACAACUAGCCCUAACAUCACAGAAACAACUACUCCAAAUGCAACAACAGCUACAAUGAGCAUUUGUAAUGACUACCCUAAGGAUUGUGAUCGACCAGUAACUUGGGAAACGACAGUGGAAGGAGAGACACGGGACUUCUUCCAAAUAUUAAAAGAACGCUUCGGAAGACGGGCUAGGAUGAUGAAGUAUACCACCCAUUGGCCGAAAAACCUGGGACUGUAUGUCAGGAACAGAGAAAAUGCAGCAUUUCUAUUCGGUAACCAUAUUGAGAGACGAAGCGAAAGUCAGUAA